GUUGUCGAUAAAUGGGGAAUUAAUGAGGUCAUGAUAAUAGAGCAGUUGGUGAAAAACGAAUCGUCCUUGAAUCCUCAAGUUCGCGACUUCCGUUUUCGAUUGAUGCGAAAUGUUCCAACGAUCGUUUGUAAGUUGGGAGCAGAGAAGCGCGGCUCAUCAACGGAUUGCGUGUCCAAUAAGGAUGGAUACGCCCAGUCAUCGAUGCUCUACGCAAUAGUCUCGGAUGUUUCCAAGUACGGGCCACUGAAAUCAACGAUCGAGUCUUUGGCGGCGUUUUCUGAAUGGAAGGCGGAGAGAAUUCUCCUUGUGCUAAUGUCAGAGAAACCGAGGAAGAAGCUGGAGGGACUGUUCAAGUUUGCAUGGGCCAAAAAAUUACUCGAUUUUACGAUAAUCGAAUUGAUAGAGGCGCGUGUUCCAGAAGAGCUGGCGGAUUCGGUCCCUCGACCUGUCAUCCAUCACUACAAUCCGUUCAAGAAAGAAUAUACGAGAAUCAAUUGGACUCCGAAUGAAAAUUUUUUUCCUCGGAAAGGCCUCAACAUGUGGGGCUAUCGAUUGAAAAUUGGCGUUUUGCACGAGCCACCGAUGUCGUUCGUUAAGUUUAACGAGUCUAGCAAAAUCCCAAUCAGCCUUAAAGGCGCGAAUAUAAACUUGGUCAAACUGAUGGCCGAAAGAUUAAAUUUCACAGCUGUUUGGGUGGCUUUUCAACAAUUUUCUGAAAUCAGGCAGGACCCAACGCCUUCCGGAUUGUACAGAUUAAUGAAUUCCGAAAAAAUCGAUUUGUUGGCGAGUAUGUCGCCUCAUCACACGAAUUCGAAAGAAUACCGAAUUCAGAGAACAUCGAGCGUGAUGGUUGACAGACUGUGUCCCGUAGUGCCGAUUACAAGAACCGUUCACGUAUUCAACGUAGCCGAUACAAUUCGAACUUUUCCCGUGGUGUUGGUUAUUCUCAUAGUAUUUUGGAUACCGGCAUAUCUAUUGAAGUUUGAUUCUCGUUACUGGAAGCCGAUAUCCAUUUUCAAAUUGUUUUUGGGUUUCGCAUGGGCUACCGCGCCAAAAAAUAAUGCUGAGCGCGUCGUGUUCGCUUGCAUCCUCUUUUUAUCGGUUAUUUAUUUCAAUACGAUGUUUGCAAGUUCCACCAAAGCGCGUUUCAUCUACGACAAAGCGGCCUCCAUCACCACCUUUCAAGAUCUCGACGAUUCUGGACUGACGCCGAUGGUAAGCUCUUUUUUAUACAACAAGACAUUCGCCCAAGACGAGGGCUCCUUGUCGAACCUCAAGAAGAAAAGUAUCGCCGUGUCCGACAUUGGUAAGUGUCCCUUUUACGCCGCUAAACACAAUAAUAUUUGUUGCAUUAUGGGCGAAAGAGACGUGCUAUUGACGAUGGUAGGAAAUGAGGACUACAGACACAGGCUAAAAAUCGUUCGGCCAUGCUUUUGGUUCGACGCUUAUGGUUUUCUACUCGGCAAAGCCUCACCUUACACCCGUUAUCUCAAUACUGUCAUCUUCUAUGCGCACACUUCCGGCAUAAUAGCAAAGUGGUACUCAACGUUGGAAGACAUCAAAUCGGAAGAUUGGCUGAUCGACCUCGACGAAGACAACACCUCCCAAAUUGAUCGCAACAAUAACACCAGCCCUGCACUCGUUCGACAACUAAUGACAAUCAUCACCAUCGGAUUGAUCACAUCUUUAUUGGUAUUCAUCGGGGAGAUAAUCGUUCAUCGGUUCGGCUACUAACUGAGCUGGUGAAAAUAAACAUAAUUGCUUCAAAAUUUUAUAUGAAAGCGAAGGAUAUAGAACACACUUUCUGAAUGGAGUUUCCGAAUGCGAACGUUCGAUAAAUUGAAGAACCGAAACAGAAGAGCAAUUGUUGUUAUUCUGUUUCAUAAAUUGACCGAGAGCUCGGGUUCCUGUUCUAAAUAACCUUGCUCAAAAUAACUUGGUAAAAUAACCAAUUAAGAGGAUGGAUCAGUCGGUAUGUCGCAACCGUGAGUGCGAGAGAGAUAGCUGCAAAUAAUUUUGAAAUCGAAAUUCUUUGACACAGUUUGACCGAUUAAAAAAAGGCUCUGUCAGCCUACG